CACACGAGACGAAGGAACGAACGCGCACUCGUAACUCCGCCGCCGCGCUCUCGGAGGAAGAGGAGGAGGUCCGAAUCUCGUUCCAUUUCUCAUUUUGAAUGCUUUAAUCUUCAUCUAGGGCUGGAAUACUACGAUUCUGAUUUGAUCUGCAUGCGAAAAGAUCCUUUUUGGGUUUGAGAGCUUGGUGAGAGAUGUUGGUGUUGUUCGAGACGCCGGCGGGGUUCGCCCUGUUCAAAGUGUUGGAUGAGGGGAAGCUAUCGAAUGUUGAGGACUUGUGGAAGGACUUUGCUACCUCUGAAUCAGCUAGACAGGUUGUGAAGCUGAAAGCUUUUAGUAAAUUUGAAAAUACAACAGAAGCUUUAUCUGCGGCAACAUUGUUGAUUGAUAGCAAGCCCAGCAAGGGUCUGCGUAAGUUUUUACGUACACAUUGUGAUGGUGAAACUUUAGCUGUGGCCGACUCAAAACUAGGAAAUGCCAUAAAAGAGAAACUGAAAAUUGAUUGUCUGCACAACAAUGCGGUUAUGGAGCUGAUGAGGGGACUGAGAAAUCAGUUGACAGAGCUUAUAUCAGGCCUGGCAACACAAGAUUUGGCUCCAAUGAGCUUGGGCUUGUCACACAGUUUGUCUAGGUACAAGCUGAAGUUUAGCCCUGAUAAGGUGGAUACAAUGAUUAUUCAGGCCAUUGGCUUGUUAGAUGAUCUUGACAAAGAGCUUAACACGUAUGCAAUGAGAGUUCGUGAAUGGUAUGGAUGGCAUUUUCCAGAACUUGCCAAAAUAGUUCAGGAUAACAUCCAAUAUGCAAAAACAGUGAAGCUGAUGGGAGAUCGUGUUAAUGCUGCUGAUCUUGAUUUCUCAGAGGUAUUAUCAGAAGAGGUUGAAGCUGAGCUGAAGGAGGCGGCAGUGAUAUCCAUGGGAACUGAAAUAAGUGAUUUGGACUUGGCAAAUAUCAGGUGUCUCUGUGACCAAGUAUUGGCUCUUUCAGAGUAUAGGGCUCAGCUUUAUGACUAUCUAAGAAGCAGAAUGAAUACCAUUGCACCAAAUUUAACGGCCCUUGUUGGUGAGCUUGUUGGAGCACGACUAAUUGCUCAUGGUGGAAGCUUGUUGAAUCUUGCAAAGCAGCCUGGUAGCACAGUUCAGAUUCUUGGAGCAGAGAAGGCCCUUUUUAGAGCGCUGAAGACAAAGCAUGCUACACCAAAAUAUGGGCUCAUCUUCCAUGCAUCCUUGAUAGGUCAAGCAGCUCCAAAACUCAAGGGGAAGAUUUCUCGCUCUCUUGCUGCAAAGACUGCAUUGGCCAUUCGAUAUGACGCCCUUGGAGAAAACACAGAUAGCUCUAUGGGAUUGGAAAAUCGUGCCAAGCUUGAAGCCCGUCUAAGGGUUCUCGAGGGCAGGGAGCUUGGUCGUUCUGCUGGGUCAGUAAAAGGCAAACCCAAGAUUGAAGUUUAUGAUAAAGACCGAAAGAAGGGUGCAGGGGCUUUAAUCACGCCUGCCAAGACUUACAACACCUCAGCUGAUCUAUUACUGGGGCCAGCCGCAACUCCUGAGCAGGAUGGUGCACUCUCGAGGAAGAGAAAGCAUGAGGAAGUAGAGACAGAGUCUGCUAAAGAAACAACAGAUGCUUCUGUUGACGAGGAUGGCAAAAAGGAGAAGAAAAAGAAAAAGAAGAGCAAAAUAGAGGAAGCCAAUGAUAAUGAUGCCACUGUUGAAGCAGCAGAGCCAGAGAAGAAGAAGAAAAAGAAGAAGGAUGAAGGUUCAAGCGCUGAGUUUGUGAAUAAUGAUGAAACUACCGUGCCAGAGAAUGAUAAGGAGGGGCCAAGUACAAAAGAGAAGAAGAAAAAGAAGAGGAAGAAUGCAGAGACAGAAGAGCCUAGUGUCAAUGUUGAAGAACAAGAAACAGAAACAAAAAGCAAGAAGAAGGAAAAGAAGAAAAAAGAGAAGAAAGGAGGAGAGUAAAGGUGAAACUUUCACAAAAGUGUAUGUUUCUUCUCCUUUUGUCUGUGUUUGAGAGGCUCGUCUGUCUACUGCAAUUUUGGUUGAGCUAAAUGUUACGAGGACCAGUGAGCAUGGUUCACAAUGGAUUUAUUUGUUCCUGUAAGUUAACCGUUGUUUAUGUCAGACCUCUUUUAAGAGAAAGUUCAAUUGUUGGGUAGUGGUUGGAAACUCAGUGAAAUGACCCCUUCAAGUGCUACGAUUGCAUGUGAUUGUAUGUUUUUGUACACGGUUUUUCUAUGAGUUUAAGAAUCUGUUUUGGUUUAAA